AUGCGGGCAAUCUGCAUUUUCGCGAUUUCGUUACUUUCCUUCGCCUUGGCAGAUUCCGAACCUUGGGUAGAGGAAGAAGACGUAGAAGAUUAUAAUGAUUAUCACAUCGACAAGCGUGACGUCGAAGGUCCAUAUGAGGAACAUAUUAGGGUGAAGCGUGGACACGAGAGGUCUAAGCGAGCUCCGGUACCUAUUCAUCAAUAUGAAGUCUAUGAACCGUUUGAAGAAGGGUCCUUUCCAGCUCCAUCUUAUCAGGAAAUGUUAGCGGCUAGUGCUGAACACUACCACAGAUAUUUACCCGCAAAUACUCGGAUCGCUCGUCAUUUAAAUACGCAAAUAAACCCGGGGCCUCUCACGUUUGGAGUAAGUCCAGAUCCCAUAGAAGUUGUUUCAGCGCCUGUAAACCUAUCUCCAGUAGCUAACACCAGACCAAUACAGUUCAGCAAUGAACCGCCAGCAGGCGCAGUGUUCUAUGAACAGCAGGAAGAUUUGGCCCCAGCUGCUGGUCACGUUGUAAUAAAGCACAAUCCCCAUGUCUCGACCCAUAAACAAGGAUUGGGUCAAGCGCAAGAAGCCAGUCACUUUGAUGCACAAGGAGGCAAGGUUGUCAAAGGUUCCAAAACAGACCACUACGUAGACAAAGGUGGCAAAGGUCACAAAACUGACGAGCACCAACGGAAAGAAUAUGAGGAAGCAGCUGGUAAAAAGAAAAAGCACCAUGACCUUGCAGGACAUAAGGGAAGUCAUCAAGAGGAGGCUUUUGGACAGAGAGGGGCACACUUCGACGAGAAAAAGGGACACAAAAAAGGACACAAAACUAAGGGCUUCCACAACAAGUACCACAAAGACGAAUUCCACAAGGAGCAUAAAUUCUACGACGACUUCCACAAGGGAGGUGAACAUCAUCGCUAUGGCAAAUUCAACGCUCGGCACGCCACCAACGAGAGUGGCAAGAAAAAAGCCCACCACGUGAAUGCAGGCCACGAUUUUGUCGAGAAAGGCAAGAAUGGAUACAGCAAAAAGGGACAUGUAGACGCUGAUCACCGGGGUCACAAGGGUAAAUCUGGACAUGAAGAACAUCAUGCACAUCACUCGCAGCACGGCAAGAAGGGAGGCAAAGAAGGUGGCUCUCAUUGGGCUUAUGCUAAGAAAGACUAA